CCGCCCCCCGCCGCCGACAGCGCCGCCGAGCGGCCGCAACGCGAAACGUCCACGUCGUCUAUACAGCGUUGCCAUUCCGUAUCUAUAAUUUCGCUGGACGUAAAUUUCAAACGAAACAGUUCAAUGGACUUUUCGAAAACUCCAAAACGCGUCGGCGAUCGUAAAAAGUAAUGUGUAACUUAGGGUAUUGUAGGUGAUGGUGUAAAACGAUACGUUUGUUGAAUAUUGUGUUAACCAGUGCCAGUUUGGUGUCGGUGCGUGUUGUCCGUGAACGAAGUCCCGUUGGGAGCUUCCACGUCGGUUGUCUGCUAAAAGGUGAGUUCGCGAGUGGCGCCCGGCGCUGCAUGUGCCAUGUCACGUGUCGGCUACACUUUGAAGUGAGUUUGUCAGGUGGAAAGUGCGCGUUCGUCUGCUGUCGCCGAGUAGUUCCGUCCUCAAUACCAGUUCCUAGGUUAUUCAGUCGGUGCAGUGCGGCAGUGCAGUGUGUGUGAGUGUUGUGUUAGUGCGGGAUGGGCCGCAGCUAGCGAGCCGCCGCGAGCCGGCAUGCGCGCCGCCUAGCCAUGCCACCAGCGCAAAACUGCAUAUGGCGCAGUAUACGCAACGAACACAGCCAAUGCACAGGUAUAACCGCGGAACGGCAAUAGGAUAAAUGGUACAAACCUUCGAUAGACAUUGGGUAUAAUGAUGAUAAAACUAUCAGGCAACUGGUAAAGAACCAACGGAGGCAGCAGGUGCCGUCUAAGCAUCAGACUACAUUAUGAAGUGCACUGAAUGUGGUACCCGAACAUGAAACUCUUAGCGUCAAGACUGGACCAUAAAUCGCCCGGGCAGACGGAUCACGGGCACGGCGGCGGCGGCGCGCUGGCGUACGGCGGCAAGCCUGCGGGGGCUGUGGUGGCGGCGCCCCAGCCCAGGCCGCCGCCGGCCGCCCCUUACGCGCCGCAGCCGUACCCGCCGGCGCAGCUGCGGCUCCACCAGCCCGGAUAUGGAUCGGCGGCGCUGUCUUAUAGGUUGCGUUGCAGGGACGGCAGCUACGCGCGCGGCGGCGGCGCGGUGGGCGCGGCGGGCGCGGUGGGCGAGUACCGCGGCGGCGUGGGCGUCGGUGGCGUCGGCGUCGGCCGCAUGUCGUUGCUCGGCAGCGGAUACUUGCCCGCGCCCGCCGCGCACCACCCGCCGCCCGCCGACCCGCCGCCCUUCAAGAAAAUCCGCCUCGCCGCCGAACGACCGCCCAUCACUCAGCUGCCUCAUCAUCAGCCGCUCAGGGUCGAUACCAGGGAGCCGGUGAGCGCGUACAACACAGUGGAGGUUCUCUCCCCGAACCCGCCCUCCGAGCAGACGAUAGAGGACCAGAGUCUGAGGACCACGAAGGAUGAUCUGUUACAGCAGAUAUCUAAGGUGGACAGAGAGAUGGCGUUAACAGAGAACACGUUAAACCAGCUAAAGAAGAAGCAAGAAGAGUUAGAGAAGUCGGCGUCGAACCCGGCGCGGGCCGAGGAGCCCGAGGAAGCGCCCCCGCGGCACAGGAGCCUCGCACAUUGUAUAUACGCUGAGAACAGGAAGAAGGUGCGACUGGCCACCUUGGGAUUCCAAGAUUUUCUAUUUGACGCGGCGACGGCGCACGGAGUACUGUCGAACCUUGGACCGGAGGUGUUAUACCCGCUGUACAACCAGCCACAAGACACAGAGGUGUACCACGAGAACAUCAGGAGGCAUCGAGUGUUCAGGAAGAAGCUUGUUGAGCACAUACGAAGGAUAAAGGCUGAGACUGAAAAGCGAGAAGACGCGUUAGCAGAGGAAUACAGCAGAAGAGCGGCGGAGUGGGCGCGGAGAGUCGAGCGGAUAGAACAGAGCCAGAAGAGGAAAGCGAAGGACGCCAAGAACAGAGAGUUCUUCGAAAAGGUGUUCCCCGAGCUCCGCAAACAGCGCGAGGAGCGGGAGCGGUUCAACCGGCUCGGCGCGCGGGUCAAGUCCGAGGCCGAGCUGGAGGAGAUCGCGGACGGGCUGCACGAGCAGGAGCACGAGGACAAGAAGAUGCGCGCGCUCACCGUCGUGCCGCCGCUGCUGCGGGACCCCAACGACACGCGCCCGCUCUACAAGGACACCAACAGUUUAGGACGGUGCAUGGACAUGAAGGCGGAACAUAAAGAGUUGCAACUGAGGAACGUGUGGUCGCAAGCGGAGCGGGAGAUCUUCAGGGAGAAGUAUCUGCAGCAUCCGAAGAACUUCGGCACCAUAGCCUCGUUCCUGCCGAGAAAGAGCGUCAGAGACUGUGUUAGAUUCUACUACCUGUCGAAGAAGGCGGAGAACUACAAGCAGGUGUUGCGCAAGCCGCGCGCGCGCCGCUCCGCGCGCAACCCUGCGCGUGCGCCGCCCGAGCCCGACCUGCCGCCCGGCGUCACCACGCGGCUGCAGCGCUCGCAAGGCACAACAGGCCGAUGCUCGGAGACGAAGGAGUCGUCUGCGGAGGAGGUGGCGGGGGCGGGCGCGGGCGCGGCGAGUGCAGCGGGCUCGUCGUCGCCGGCGCCCGCGCCGCCCGCCGCACCGGAGCCGGCCUGCGUGCCGCUACCGCCAGCUGGCACUGCGCACACCUUCAGAACGGAGCUGACGCGAACACCACCUUUACCUCCGUCACCGCCGCCGGCGUCGUCCGCGCCGCUCGGCACGGUGACGUCCGCCGCGCUGUCCAUCAUCCUGCCGCCGGGCAGCCCCGCGCCGGUCGUGCCGCCCCUGCCGCCCACGCCGCCGGCGACGAUAUCGCUGCUGGACAUAGUGCUGCCGCCGGGAACUAGCGAGUCGACGGUCACUAUUACUGCUAUAACUGUAUCAUCGCCUACGAGCACGGCAUCAUCAGUGACGCCGUCUCCGGCGUCGACGUCAUGCGCGACGUCGACGUCGACGUCAACGGCCACGGUGACGGCGGCGGUGUCGGCGACGAGCGCGGGCGGCGGGCCCGGCAGCGCGCCGCCGACGCCGCAGCCGGCGCAACCGCCCACGCCGACACAACCACCGCCGACGCCCGAGGCUGCGGUGACGGAACGGAUAGGCACGCCGUCAAUAACCACCACAUUGACCACCACCACGGUCACCACCACCUCGUCCAACUGCGCUGUGUGCAGCAUGCCUGGCGCCACGCGGACCGUGUCCAGGUCGAGAGCGGUGCAUUAUGGACUUAAGGAGGACGCAGUGGGCCUGCGCGUGUGCGAGCCGUGCCACUGCCGCUGCGUGCGGUCGCGCUACACGCGCUGCCCGGUGCCGACGUGCCCGGGCCCGCGCGUGCGCGCCAAGCGCCUGCGCCACCUGCCGCCGCGCUGGCACGACCUCUCCAGCGACCUCAAGAAACCGCUCAUGGACGAGUUCCAAAUCCCAAGCGAGCUGAGCAAGUGCUGUUUAGCUUGUUUCAAACGUAUCACCCGGCGACUAGAGACUGUGGGGGAGGGCGGCGCGGCGCCGGAGCCCACGGAGGAGGAGGCGGCGCGGUUCAGGAGUCUGCUGCGGGACCACGGCACGGCCUGGGACCGGAUAGCGAGCGUCAGCGGCCGCACGCCCGCCAGCUUGAAAGCGUUCUACUUCACGUAUAGAAAAAAGCUGCAGCUGGACUCGUUGGUGGGCGAGCGGCUGCCGACGGCGGCGCGCAGCUCCAGCUCGGAGAGCGGCGUGAGCUCCGGCGACACCGACACCGCCAGCGCCGGCUCGCCGCGCCCGCCCGCGCCGCCGCAGCACCCGCGCCCGCCCGCGCAGCCCUCCGGCCCACGCACCGACGCCGUGGCGCCGCGCCGCACGCGCCGCGACGAGUACGACUCCUCCGCCACCGAGACCGCCGACGAGGAGAACGACGCGCCCACCACCAAGAUCUUGCCGCCAUCAUCAAUACCCUUACCAGUAUCCACGCCGGCAUCGUCAGCGCCGAGCCCGCUGCCCACGUCGGUAGUGUCGAGCGUGUCGAGCGCGAGCGUGUCGAGUGUGAGCAGCGUGGCGAGCGUGAGCGUGACGAACGCGACGCGCAACGGGCCCGCGCCGCCGCAGACCGUGCGCGACGUCGUGCUCAACCUCAUCGAGUUCAACCUCACGAGGGACUCGAAGCCGGUGCCGCCGCCCAUCAAACCCCAUCAGUUGAAGGUAUCAUCGUCAACGCCUGGACGGGAGACGCUAGCGACGCUGACGGUUGUGAACAGCUCGCACAACGUGAGCUCGCCGCGGUCGCCGCACCGGCCCACCGCCACCAUCACACCCAUCGCGCAGCCCGACGCGCCCAAGGAGGGCGUGGUGGUGGUGCACAUCGAGCCGCGCCCCGACCCGCGACCCGAGCCGCGACCAGAGGUCAUGGACAACAGGCCUGACUCCCUCUUGGAUCUGACGGUGAAGCGGACGGACAGGAGAAACGAUGUCUCCUUCUCACAUCCUAAUAAGCCGAAUAUGUACCGCAAUUCAAACGACUACACGUACCGCGUGCAGCCGGAGCGCGAGUCGCCGAACCAGUUCAACCCGAAGCCGAAGCCGGUGGCGGGCGGCGCGGCGGUGCCGGUGGCGGUGGGCGGCGCGGGCGUGCGCGGCGCCAAGCCCGCCGCCGCCAAGGGCUCCAUCACGCUGGGCACGCCGGUGGAGACGCGCUUCGACGCGCGCCGCACGCCGCCCGGCUCCAUCACGGCCGGCACGCCCGUGCACGCGCACCACCACCUGCACCAGCACGCCUCGCACUCCACGCACGCCGCGCAGCCCACGCACGCCACGCACGCGCCCGACAAGCGCUUCGACCACUACUACAAGCGCCGCUCGCCCGCCGCGCCCUACUACGCGCCGCAGCACUCGCAGCACCCGCAGCACCCGCAACACGCGCAGCACGCGAGGCCGCAGGACUCGGCGUACUCACCGACCGCGGGCAGCGGGUACAGUCGCAACCCUCACGGCUUAGAGCAACAACGACAGAUCAUCAUGGCGGACUUCAUCACGUCGCAGCAGAUGCACGGCGGCGCGCGGCGCGAGCGGCAGGAGCGCGCGCCCGAGCGCAGCGAGCGGAACGAGCGGAGCGAGCGCGAGCACGCCGCCUCGCCGCAGUACAGCGUGCAGUACGCGGGCGCCGCCUACUCGCCGCAGCGCCGCGACUCGGUGUCGGUCAUACAGCGGCACACGGGCCACGCCGGGCACGCGGGGCACGCGCACGGCUCGCACGGCACGCACGGCGCGCACGCCUCGCACGGCGCGCACGUGUCGCACGCGCCGCACGCGCCCGGCCACCUGUACCACGGGCCCGGCCACGCGCAGCACCACGCGCACCCGCACCAUGCGCACCCGCCGCCCGGACACGAGGCCUUCACCUCGCUCGUCAACGUGGCGUCGGCGGCCACGGCGCUGCCCGUGCCCGGCGGCGAGCCCUCCAAGCCGGAGCCCAAGCCGCAGCCCUCGCCCCACCAUCACCAACAACACGAAGUCAGAUUACGUGAAAUGAACUUACCACAGAAAUACCAUCCAAUAACGCAGUACCAGGUAAUGGACAGGCGAGUAAAGCAUCCGCAAUAUAACAUGGAACGAGACAUCCAAAUGGCGAUGCAACAGAGAAGAGAAAACGAGCGAGCGAUUGUCGCGAUGCAGGAACGACACGUUAUAGAACAACACCAGCAGAAUCAUCCGCACCAACAACAGAUCAUGCACGACAGACAUCAUCUACAUGUACAACAGGAGAACGAGCGAAGACCUGUGUCAGCUGGUUCGUACACGACGAAGCAUCGCGCGCAAACGCCGCACCACCUCGAUAGGAAAGACAACCGCAGUGUAGUGUCGGGGUCAGUGAGCUCGGUGGCGAGCGGCGCGGGCGGCGCGGGCGGCGCGGGCGGCGCUAGCGGCGCGGGCGCAGUGAGCGCGGCGGCGGCUGCGGCGGCGGGCGCGGAGGCGCGCUCCGGCACGCUCACCGCCGCCGAGCUCAUCGACGCCAUCAUCACGCACCAGAUCAGCCAGACCACCGACCAGCGGUACCCGGGGCGAGAGUGCGACAACGGCACCGGCAACCCGCCCACGCCGCAGGACCGUCCCGAGCGCGGCCCCGCACCGCCCGACCGCGACCGCGACGAGCCGCACGCCGCCGCCACGCACACCACCAGCAUCAAGCUCGGGGACCUCGCCUCCAACAUCAUCACCAGGGACUUCUGCAGUCCCACCACGUCGCUCAUACACAACAAUCGAUUCCCUGUGAGCAAUUCGGAAGCAUAUUCGAGUGCGGUGAGCGGCGUGACGGGUGUGAGCAGUGUCAGCGUGGCGGGCAGCGGCGCGGGCGCAGGCGGGGGCAGUGGCGGCGCGGGAGGCGGGGGAGCGGGCGCGUCGGGGCCGCUGGUGGCCGGCGGAGCGGGCGCGCCCGCACCCGGCGCCGACGAGUGGAAGCGACGCGACCCGCCCAAACACGCGCCAUACUUAGAGCCAGUCUCGCCGCCUGAUAACCACCACGCUAAUAGAAGCAACAGCAACCGUCGCUACGGCUGCGUGUCGGGCGGCAGCAGCGGCGUGCUGACGGCGUUCGACUACGUGACGACGCGCAUCGUGGAGGUCAUGCGCAGCGACGCGGACGAGCGCGGCAAGCCGCUGCCCUUCCCCACGGCCGGCUACACCUACCCCUACUCCGCGCUCAACGUGUCCGCGCCGCACCAGGCGCACGCGCACGCCACACACGCCACGCACACCACGCACGCCGCCAUUGACGGUAGCGGCGCGGCGUCAUCGGGCGGCGGCCCCGCGGCGGCAGCGCCGGAGCCGGCGCCGCUGAUGUCGGAGCAGUACGACCCGCUGUCGGACGAGGACUGACGCCGCGGCGGGCCCGCGCCCGCGCCGCCGCGCGCGGCCUCGUAGCGACGCCGCCGCCGGCUCUCCGUCAUCUGCCACACCUCCCGGUAGCGACGCACCACCACACCAGUCACCACCGGGCGGGACGGAACUGCCGCUGAUGUCCGACCUGGCGAUUCGUGUUCAAUCGAUUCUCGAUGUUUGGAAACGAUUGUAAAAUAUUUUGUAAUGACAAAACCCAUUUUGUAAAAUGACCAAUGUUUUGUCUCUGUUUUAUAUUAUUUAAUCAGAAGAAGAAAUUGACAAAACAGUGGUUGGUUGAAGGGUAAUGAUUAUUGAUAUCGAUGUGCCUAUAUCGAUAUUGAGGCUUCCAGAAUCGAAUCAUGUUUGUUAAUUUGUAUCAGGAUAACGAAUACGCGAGUAAUAAAUCGAUAAAUAAAUCGGGCAUCAAACGGAAGUAUCCGACCGUAACAGAAUCGGAGACGGCGGUAAAACAAAAAGACAAAACAAGUAUACACAAGCACAGACAGUAUGGGUACAUUAGGUUUACGCGCGUGGACACCCCAUAAUAGGACGGUACUAAUUGUAUAUAAAUAAUAUUCUUACGUUACGAUGCAGGGAAAUAGCGUCACGUUGUGGGAAGCUUUAAGACGCGCGUAGUGUACAGAGGAAUCUGCACAUCGACUGCGGGGGCGGCAGGGCGGCACCACUCCGGCAGAGCUGAACCUCCGCGGCGCCACGUCCGGGCCGGGGCCGCCGGGGCCGCCGCGUGCCGACCUGCGCACGGCCUCGGCCCGGACGCGACGCCGUCAUAGUUUUAAUAUUCGACUGAUGACGAUUUUCCAAACUGUUAGAUGUAUUUUGUGAUUAACGCAAGAGCCAAUUAUAGAUGUAAGUGAAGUCUAUUCGUUAUUGCGACGAUCAUGUUGUUGUUCAAAUCGGUUUUGACAUAGUGUGCCUACCACUUUAGCUGUAAGAUUGUCUGCGGGGCUUGUGAAUAUUGGAGCUCCGGAUUUUCGCUUUUUUAUUAUUGCUCUGAAUACUUGUCUUUUAAACCAAUUAGUGUAUUACCCUUUCUGUCAAGGAAUUUGAAAUAAAUCAGGGCUGAUUAAAUCUCUUCAUCAUUUAGUCGUUAAUUACUUCCAAUGAAGUCUUCUCAAACGGUUUCCUGACGACUCCACACGAUUAAGUAAAUCCAUUCAUUUAGAAAUCUCUGUUCAUUAUUCAUGUUUGUUCUCCUUGCACGAGCUCACUUUUAUACAAUAAAUGGAACUUGAACUAGUAUAAGUAUAAAAUAACCCGGCCGGAGUGUCGCGCGUGUGUCGGCACGAGUCCACCGCGUGUGCGCCACGUGUCCGCCACGUGUCGCCCUGCACGCCGCCGCCCGACUGGAGGCCGGCCCGCGCCGCCUCAACGCAACUGGAUACGCUUAUCAUGUAAAAAUAUUAUGCUGUCGAUAUUUGUAUGUCGGUUAUAUUGUAACGUUAUUUAUUUACUUCUCUUUUUUACGUAUACCUACAUUACAUUUAGGGAGCCGCGUGGCGCGUGACGACGACGCGUCGCGGUUUGUAUGCACCGCGGUCCGCGUCGAUCUCUAGCGAUGGAUCAUUUCGUGAUAAACUAGCACUGCCGCCGAACGAAACAAAAUAACCCGAACCGUGGGAGUGUAAGUGGCAGUAUGAUGUGUGUAGGGAGUAUGUACGUAACGUUUUAUCCAGUCUUCCAUCGCCGCUCCGCAGGCGUCGGUGCGCAGGCGUCGGCCCGCCAGCGCCGCCGCGCCGCCUAGGAUAGGGUUUCCGUAUUCGUCCACUACUUAGCGACUCGUAACCUUGUACAUUGUGUAUAGUCUGUAUAUGUGGGUCGGGUGGCGCAUGCGUAAGGCAGAUUCCUCGCGACGUUUCUGUUCUGCUUGUCGCGGAGGCUGUCCGUAUAGUAUUAUAAGUUGUUACUCGCUUGUGUUCGGACUUCGCUGCGGCAACGCGUUAAUUAGUAAUACUUGUAGUUGAUUUUUUUCGUUAAUUUUAAGUAUCGUAUUGUUGUAAAUAGUCCCAUUUUUCAUUCAUUUUUGUAUUGUAUAGUAGUCGAGGCGGCGGCAGCGAACUCCGAAACGCGCUCCGCCGUCGAGCCGGCGGCGAUCACGAAAGCGUUGAACUGUUUACUGAAACUAAAUCCUUUAUAUAUAGUGUACACUCGAUGUAAGGCUAGCACGUAAUGUUGAAGCGGUAAAUUAUAUACAUAUGUAAAAGUUGGUUAUUAUGUAUAUGCAUUUGUAAUUAUACAGGUUAGAUACGACUUACAUUUAGAGAUUUCAUUUUUUUUUUUCGUUAGUUUGUCGCGGCCGACGGGCCGGUAUAAAUAUGGGUGUGGGCUAUGGACGAGUGCGUGCGAGUGAGUGGGACUGCAAGGCACGCGCCGCCGCCACGCCACCGCCACGCCGCCGCCACGCAGCCGCCACGCUGCCGCGCACUCACUACUGCAUUUUCAUUUACGACGUAUCCGGUGUUUACUGGCCGCUUGUGUUUCGAACAACUCCAAUUAGAUAUCAGAUGUUAACGGACAAGUCUCCGGCCCCACUACGAUUGUAUGUAACAUUAUUUAUUUGUAUUUUUUAUUAAACACGUCAGUGAGAAAAUCAUUGUCAAAAAAAUCGCCCUUCAGUAAAAACUAAUAUGACUAGAUCUUGUAAGAAAUAGUAUAAGCACAUGUAAAAUAAUAUAAAUAUUAUUACUUUGUUGAAAAUAUAAUUUGUACUGGUACAAAAGUGUUGCCACGUUAAAUAUUUUCUAACAUUUAGUAUUAACAAAGUGGUAGUAUCCAGGGAACUGUUCGUAAUACAGGCGGUUAGUGAGGUUUGAUGUCCUCAAGUGUGAAGAAUCGACUGAUUAAAUUUACUUUGUGCGUGAAGGCGCGGGCCGGCGGCAUCGGUGGCAUGCAUAUUGUGAUUUCUUUAUAAAAAUGUAAUGUAUAAUGUAAGUAGCCGAAAAGAAGAUAAUCCUUGUGGGUCCGGACAUGCGAAAACAAAGUUUUGACGGACUGCAAAUCAAUAAAUAAGAAUGGAAAAAUCUA